GCGCGCGUGUGUAUAUCGGGAAUUUACCAACGGUUUCGAACGCGGCUCGACCAAUCAGCGCUGACCGUUGGAACCUGUCCGCUCCCGUGAUUGGCUGAUCACCUCCAGUACUUGAGGAAUGUAAAAACAUGCUGCGAGUGCUCAUGUGUUCGUCCAAUCGAUGAGUCGGGCCAGGCCGCGGAGCAGCAGAGCGGCGGACCGCCGUGAGAGCAGUCUGUGUCGGGGAGACGGAGAGGGAGCAACAUCAGCGUCGGAGCGUUUUUGAAGCAUCAACGGCUGGAGGAGAAAGAGCUCAGUCAUUCGUGAAACGUGAAUUAACGUCACUGUAAAGCUUCUUUUUUUUUAAUUUAUUUUUUAUUUUUUUUAUUUUCACCGCGUCCUCUCGGUGGUUUUUAUCCGCUUUCAUUGUGCUGGAGGUGGGGGACACGGAGCGAGGCUUCACUGCGGCUAAUCAGCUCUCCUCUUCCAGACCUGGGAAUUUACAAUGAAACAUGUAGGUGACACAUUUUCCUUAACAACACAGGGAGCACGAUAGGAUUCAAAAGGGAAACGACGGCAGAAGAAGAAGGAGGUGGGGAAAAUGGUGACGGGUGCCGCAUCUAUAGGAUCAGCAUCCUCUCUGUGUGUGGAGCCUCAAAGAAUAACAGUGUGAUCGAGUCGAUGUGAACCCGUGCGAAGCUUCGAGAAUCCGAGAAAAGGUGGAUCUCAACCGGACUGUCGGCGACCACAUGGAGGUUUUCUGUGGGAUUUUCUCAGCUGCUUUCGAAGCCGACGCUCGUCACUAACUUUUUUUUACUUUUUUUUGUGUCGUCGUUGUCGGGAUAGAGGCCGUGGACCUCUAACCCUUCUUGUCUGCUGUUUUUGUUCUAAGCAAGACCAAAACCAGGUGCCAAACUGACUGUGUCCAAGAGAAGAAGCAAAAAAAAAAAAAUCUAUGAAACUACCCAUCACCAAAUCAUCCUGAGAGAGUACAGCUUUAUUUCUGCAUCCCAUUAAAAUCUUUAAUCUCAACGCACCCAUCACAGCAUACUGAAGAGAUCAUUCAACCCGUAAAACUUAAUAUCCAUCGUCUUCGGUCAGUGUUUGCGUAGCUGCUGCUCUUAAUGCUGAGAGAUUCGACGAUAAUCAGUGCAUUAUUGGUUCAAAGUGCUUUAUAAACCGAUCCUCCAGCUGAUCCGCUUGUAGUUGUGUGUUGCAGAAGUGGCCACGCUCUGACGCCACGUCUAACCUGAUAACUAACUACCGCCGCCGCCGCCAACGCUGCUGCUGCUAUCUCAAACGCUUAAAGAUCUACCGCCGUCUCAGUCUGCGCUGUGAAACACUGUUGACACUUUGCCUAUCUCCUUCUUCCAGUUGCUCUUUUGUCGUCUUCUGUUUCUUCCACACCGACCGUGAAAGCUCACCCUAACCCCGGUGACCUCUUUGACCUUUUUUGCAUUCUUCCUUUUAACUCUACGAACAAAAAACAUGCAAUUUAAAACCUUUCACUGUAUUUACAUUUUUUGUGGAAGGAGAUCAAGUUUGUAAAAAAAACAAAACAAACAGAAAAGCUAACCUAAAGAAGCCAUACUGAACACCAGCCAUACGAAUUUUACAUUUACCGAACACCUCGCGAUGUUUUGAGACUCGAUAGUCGAGAGUCGAUGAAGAAGCCGCCCUCGCGAAGAACCCCGAACUUCACACAUUCGUAUGAAAGAACUGCUUUGUAAAGUUCACUACCGUGCUACAUCUGUGACCGGGGGCCAGCGUGGCAGUGAACACGUCGCGUUCCCGUCGUCUUUUCUGUGUUGACGGAUGAAUCCGGACAUUUUCAUGUCUGUUCUGUGGGCAGAACCUCGCUGCCCUGCUAGAACCGGGCCCAAGCCCUCCUUCGUUCUCUUCUGUUGGGCCAAGCUAAAUUCAGAGCAAAGACACUCACACAAGGGUAUCGAACGCACAUAGAUCCUCCACGUUUUUAAAAAUAAUAUAUUUUUUGUCACCACUUUCUCGCCGUUGAUUACUCUUCUGUGAAUGCCUUGAUGUGCUCGUUUUAUUGAACCGAUCUCUGUCCUCCAGUAGCUGCUGGACGCUUUAACCUAGCGGUACCUUUAUUUGUCAAGCUCCACAAACCCUGCUUAUAAUUUAAACCAAAAGUUGAAGCAUCUCGACCUUUAACUUCCUCUGAAUAGUUUUGAAAGGACGAGUUUAAAGCGCGUUCAGUGGCUAAUUUGAAUUCAGACUGACUUCCGAUCUGUAAAGCUGCCAGCAUUGUUGUUGUUUACAGACACACACACACAGCUCGAUUAUUUGAUUUGAUUAUUUUUCCAUGUGAUUUUUUUACACAUCAGUUAUCCACACAGGACAACAGAAGUGCCAAACUCCAACUAGAAUACAUUUGACGUCUGAGCGCAUCCAACGUGACAAGUAAAGUUUACACACAGCGCUAAAUGUUUACAGACUGCAUUUUACAUACGUGAAUCGUGACGUUUGUGCCAUAAACAACUCCCGGAAAACUCUUCAGACUCUUGUUUUUUUAAAGAGUCGUUUUAUUUGAAGAGUUAACGCUCAUUUUGUUUACAAAAAAUGUAAAAAACAAAAACAUUACUGCCUAUUUUAAGAUUUAAAAUUUUGGCCAAUGGACUGUAAAAAGACGCUUUGUCACCCGACAGACCAAAAUUAAAAAUCAGACAUCCUGCUGCCAUUAAAACAACACACGUUAUUCUAUAUUUAUAACCAGCUGAAGUCAUUUUAGGCAGUUCAUAUAGAGCCUGGAAAAAAAAACUCCUGCAAGACCUCAAUGUUUACAAAAAGCUGCUUAAGGGAAGGAUUUGUAUCCAGACAGAAAUGUUUACAUGGAGCUGAGAGAGUGACAUGCCAAACACGUUCGCGAUACAUCGCUUGAACUCCGAGAGAAAUCCUUUUUCACCUGUGCAGCAGCGUGCACAGAGCAACGAGAGGUCGGCACGUUCAAACUUUUCAUAUUAAGCUUUUUUAUAAGUCGACGCCGCUCGUCUCGGACGAGGACGCUGAGAAGUCGCGGCGCUUCAGGAGCCGUUAAUGUGAAUUUUUUUGUUUUUUUAAACUUUGGCUCGAGAACUUUGUGCUAACACGAUGAGACGUUCAAUUUCUAGAAGGAUGUUUUGCUCUUCCCUCGUUCUCCUGCUUUUCUCCUGCCUGGCUGUCUCCACGGUAACCAUCACCACGGAGCGACGAGCCGCCGCCGUCGACGGUGACGUCAGGACUCAGCUGACCAGCGGCGGUAGCUCGGCUCCGGCUGGCAAAAGGAGCACCACCUUGUUCCUGCUGACCGGCUACAAGCCACCGCUGCCGCCACUACCCGCCGGACCCAAGGUGGCGCCCAAAGCGGCCGAGGUGGAGGACGGAGACGACCCGGGCCUGGCCGUGGCUGAGCUCCCUCCGAAGCCCCUCCCUCAGACCAUGUUGCCAAGGAACAUGACGGCCGACGCCCUCAAGCCUCCGCUCGGUGCAGCGCAGGUGGCUCCGCCUCCCAGACAGCUGGUGGAUGUGGACGUGUGCAGGGGUUACUACGAUGUAAUGGGGCACUUUGACAGCACGUUCAACUGCUCCAAGGGCAGCUACAUCUACUGCUGCGGUACCUGCCACUACCGGUUCUGCUGCGAGCACCAGAGGAGCCGGCUGGACCAGGAGUCCUGCAACAACUACAACUCCCCCGUGUGGGCCGACCCGCAGGUGCCCGUCACCGUGCCCGUGGGCAACAAGCCCGACCCGGACUUUGAGACGCUGCAGCAGCAGAACAGCAGUACGGCCUACGUGAUCGGAGGGGUGAUCUCCUUCACGUUGGUGGUGGCCGUGGGCGUCAGGAUUGCCUUCAGCAAGGUGGCACGUCGACCCCGCAACAGGGACAUCAACAUGCCCAGAUCACUGGUGGAUAUCUUACGUCACCAGUCGAGCCCGGUGCAGCAGGGAGAGAGGAACAACACCGCGGUGUUGACGACCACCACCUCAGACGGACGGACAUCCAAAAACCUCUACACCCCCAUCCUGCAGAGCAAAGACAACCGCACUGGGACUUUGCACCACCAUUUUAACCAGCAGGGGUCUGCUUCCAGCCCCAAACACUCUGCUACCAUCGAGCGUGGCCCCCGUAUGAACAACACCCCCCAGCUCUCCUCCGGACCCGCCCUGCUCUCAGGUAGCGGUAAAGGUGGCGGCGGCGGCGGCGGUGGCGGCAGCAUCCUGGGAGGAGGCAUGAGACACAACAGCAGCCACGCUUCCUUCUCCCACUCCUUCCACAACCUGGCCCAGCUGCCGCCGUCCUACGAGUUGGCCAUGAAACCGGAGAUCAACCGCUACAGCUCCCUGAAGAGGCUGGAGAAAGAACUCGACGAGUACUCCGGCUACUACAGCUCCAAACGUCGCUCCAACAACGCUCCGCCCUCCUUCCACUCCUCGCAGCACCACCUGCCCUGGGGAGCCGACUACACGCUGGGCUCCAGGGGCACGCUGCCCCUCCACGGCUCCCGGCCCCGCAUCCACAUCCCCGCCUCCACCCCGAACCCGUACCCGCUACCCGCACAGACGCAGUACACCAGCUCCUCCUUCGACAGGCCGCCGCGCCGCGUCCGCUCCCAGGACCAGCUGCUCGCGCUCGGGGAGGGCAACACGCUGUCCCGCCUGUCCAAGAACCAGCAACACCAGUACUACAAAGCCAUGAUGAGCACCAGCAGGGGCUCCAACUCGCAGACGCUCCGCAGGUCCCAUGAGAGGCUUCUGGUCUCCCCUGACCGUCUGGAGGACCGGCUGAUGACGAUGGGUCUGAUGGUCGGAGGAGGCGAGAGAGGAGCAGGAAGCGGGAUGGUUCCCACCAUGGGCCGGCUCAGUCACCACCAGAAGGCCCAAUCGCAGCAGAACAUCUGCGCCACGCCGUCCAUGGACCGCCACCACAUGAUCAAGAUGAACUCCCACCCGACGCCAGGCCACGAUCACGACCGCGGCUCCACCGCCAUGUCCGGGAUGGGCAUGCACGGCCACGGUGGAGGCGGCGGCGGCGGCCACCCCAACGCCCGGCGGAUGGCUUUCGCCAGCAAGAGGCAGAACACCAUCGAACAACUGCACUUCAUCCCCGGAGGAGGAGGCGGAGGGGUGCAGGGACUGCGGACUGGGAGUAAGAACGAGGUGACAGUGUGAGUACAGAGUAGAGAAGGCUUUAAAGAAGCUGAAGAGGCAGUUUAGAGAGGCGGUGAGGCGUUUAGCGGGAAGAAGUUUGGCUGCUUCACAGGGCUGAGAAACAAGCUGCAAACAGCCCCCCCUCCCCUUCAUGACAGCGGUGGAAGAUGACGUUAAUCUCAUAGCGAGUCGAGCCAAUUGAUUUGUCACUUUGUGAAUAUUCAGCCAUUCUUUGUAAAGGGAAGACAGAAAUGUCCACUUAAAAAGAGCAAAAAAUAUCAGUGCCGUGUAAAAAAAAAAAAGGCUGCUGGGUAUUCGCCGUGACUUUUAUUGAAGGAUACCUGCCCGUCAAAUAUGUUGGAUCGUCCUUGAGUUUUAUUGCACUGUCCUCCGAGUCCUCGACGGCUCUGACAGAGAUUCAUCUGUCUUUGAAUCCACCGCGGAUAAAAGAAGAGCGCCGAGGCCGAGGCAGACGAGUCUGCUUGUCUUUGUAUUUAUAAAAAAAAAAAGUAUUUAAAACCAAACGAGUUGCUUUUGUAUGAAAUUAACCUGAUGAUGAUAAUAAUAAUAGUAUAAACAUUACUGAGCCCUGUAAGACUUUGUGUAUACUUAUUUAUCCUUUAGCCAGCCAGUUUGUAACUUAAAGGCUGCGACACGUGACCCCCCGCUGGUCAUUUCUUUCUCUAGUUGUGAUUGGACUGUAACAAAAACGUAACGUACAGCUAGCUGUCACUUGAUUGCCUUCGUGGCUUGAUUUUAAAAUAUGACCUACAUCGACACAAACUGCUGCUAUAAAAGGCCCAGUCACACCAGCGCCUAACUGGUGAAUUCAUUUUAAAAAUGCUGCAAUCAAUCACGGACUUGUUUACUGGUCAAUGCUUCCCGUUGAAGGAAAGGAGGAAGCUAUCGUAGCAUAUUGGCUACGAGUUGUACCGUCCACUUUUUCGAUGGUACAAAUUUGUCUUUUGAACGAAUUAUUUGAAGUUGUUGUCCAAUUUGUGACCGAACUAACGAAGCUGUUAAUGAAGCCAGUUUGACGUAGUGGCCAAACCGUGUAACGAUGGCAACGCCGGAAAGACUUUUUACCCGUUAGAUAACAUUAUGACUUGUUGAACUUUUAGAAUUAGAUACAUGUGGUCUGAUAGAGUUUAAAAAGUUCAGAAGAGCUGCACGAGUAAAUACUUUUAUCCCCAUUGAAGCUAUUGGAGGCUUGGGCACCACAAUGUGGAAGAUUUGGGUAACUUUAUACCCAGAAACUGAACUUUUUUUUGGCUUUGUGCAUUGAUGAGCGGCAAAAAUCAACUGAUACAUCAACAGUUGCUAGUUCAGAAACCUUUUUAUCCCCUCAUAACAAAAUGAGACCAUAGACAGAGCUGCUAUGAAGCAGAGCCUGGGCGCAACUUAACUUUGUUCCAAUGUGCAUGAAGAAGGAAAAAGCUUGUAGCGCUUCAUAUUACAGUUCAGAAAUCUUUUGUUCCCCUCGUAAAACUUUCUGAGUCUGGGUUUCUGGCGCAACUUAACUUUCUUCCAAGGUGCAUGAAGAAGUCAGUUUGUCACCAUGAAGCUUGUAGCGCUUCGUAGUUUUGCAGAUAAAUUUUUUUGCUGCCACUUUCUGGAGUGACCGGGCCUUCGAAUUUUAAAAAAUCCACUUAUUUAGCUAACUUAAAGCCUUUGUACAGUGAACUCUAGUGGGUGUUUUAUCAUCUAUGAAACAUUGUGCUGUGACCCUUUGCGUAAUAAUUAGUGAAAAUUAGUUCAUAAAGAAGAACCUCAUGCAGACUCCGUAAUAUAUCGACCCCCUAAAACACUGUUUUAUUAUCAGUCCUGUACUGAUACGACGCCACAUGUUACAGCUGCUCACCUCAUAUGAAGGGACGGGGGGGAGGCAGACGGGUUUCGAAGGCGCGGGGGUUGCGGGACGACGAUGGACACUUCACACCAAGGGCUAUACCGAAUUAUCUUUGUGUGUCUGUGCUCUGUACAGUGUCUGCUUCACAUUUUCAUUUUCGUUGUCGGGAGGCAUGCUCGUGCAUACGUUUGUUUUUUUAUUUCUUCUUCUUUGUGUAGAGAGAAAAUAUAUAAAACAUGCAAGGAAACUCUGCAAACGUUUAACAAAAAAAUUCAAAAAAACACACGACCAUGAUGAUAUUUUAUUUUUGUCGUCGUCGUUGGGGAAAAGGUGGUCAUGAUGUCAUAUUUUCUACAUUUUUUUUUUAAGUUUUCUGGCUGUGAGAUGGACCUUUCCUCCGUCGCGGAGGGGUUUUAAGGGACUCGUGAGAUCUCGUUUGAGGUUUUUCAGCGUCCCGUCUUUGAGUUUCGAUAAAGACAGACAUGAUUGAUGACUGCCAGCCAUUUCUUUUUUAGUCUUUUACUAUGAUACAUGUGCUCAUGUUAACGGUGUAAAGACUCCCCCCUUUUGAUCAGACUUUGAACGCUCUUAUCACGUUUUUCUUUUCUUUCUUUGUUUUUGUCUUAAACAUGUAUUUAUUUUUUUUAAAUCUCUGUGAAUUUUAAAUGUAUAAUCCUCGAUUUUCAAUAUUCAAACUUUCUAGUGGAUAUAAAAAGUAUAUAUAUAACAUAAAAAAACAAACAUUUGUGUUCUCGAGAACAAAAAGAGCUGAUGCAAUCAAAGAGAAAAAGACAAAAACGCAUGACAGAAGCCGGUGUUGAUGAUGUCAUAGUGCUGACUUAUGAUGUCACGGCGUGUGUGUGCGUCCGUUUUCAUUUGUGUGUAAUUAAAUGUCUUCGUCGUCGUCGUCGGGAAUGCUGAACCUCAUUUUCUGUUUUUUCUUUUGUCUUCUUAAACCAAACUUCAGUUGCGUCUUCGGGUUUUUUUUUUUUUUUAAGACCCGAGUCGCGUCCGUUAACGUGUUCAUAUCAACUCUCGUAAUGAAACUUGUUUAAUUAAAAGCUAAAUUGAUUAAUUGUCGAGCUACGUUCACCAAACACCAAAGCGAGGACUUUUCAAACAUUUUAAAGAUUAUCGAAAGGCUUCUCUCGUGUAAAGUUUUUGGUAUAUUUGAGUAGAAGUGAAACAGCCGAGUCGUAGUUUUUUUUGCCCUCUGACUUGAAUAUGUAUCUGCAAAAUUUUUCUUUUUCUUUUUAUUGAUAAACAACCAGCUGAUUUGUGCUCGUUUUAGAAGAACUUUUUAAGGGCGCGAAAGUCAAACGUAGAACGUUUUUACGAGUUGUUGCUUCGGCGAGGUUGCGUUGCGGGGGGAGAAUGUAUUGCGACUUGACUGGAAAAGGCUCUGUGGUUUUUACGAUUUAAAAAAAAAAAAACAUUAACUUUUAAAGGAGAAAGAUGAAAUGUAAAUGACGCGUGGAAAUUCAGUUUUUAAUGUCUCAUUUUUCCUCAAAGGUCUGAUACAGAUGUUGUAAUUCAUGUUCAGGUUUAAAUGAAAACUGUGUUUGUAUGCGUGGUAUGUAUGUAUGAGUGUGUUUACCACUUAAAGGGGGGGAGGGGGCAUGGGCAUAUUUGUAUUCUCAAAGCUACUCUGCAUACCUCAAAUUGUAUGAUACAUUUAUUUAUUACAUCCCCUUACAUGUCUAUUUCCAAGAAUAUCCAAACAAAGGUCUCACAGAUGUGCAAACCCCCUUUUGUUAUUGGUGAUCAAUUCUUGCGUUUGUAGAAAUCAUACUGUUUAAUUGAUAAUAACAAUAAAAAAAAUCCCACUAAAA